AUGCACAGCACCACUAUAACAAUGGUAAAGGGUAAAGGUCUUGGCUUUGACCAGUUCUCAACGGAUGCGCCAUGCAUUCGACUUCAUGAAGUAUCGUUGGAGGUGUGGCGUCACGGUGACCGUUUGCCUCUGCAAAUCUGUCCGACUGAUCCAAUUCAAGAAGAUGAUUGGGAACUUGGUGGAGGAGGAAUAGGACAACUUACACCGAUAUACGUUCUAUCGACAGAUGUGAAUAGGACAAUUGUUUCGGCGAUGUCAAAUAUGCUGGGUAUGUACGGUCAACACGAUGGCUCCAGUCAGGCUGGAGUCGACUACCCGGAUCAGAUCGGUUGGCCGGCCGGCUAUGUACCAAUUCCUGUACACACCAUAGAUUUUAACACUAACCACGUUGGAAAUCCUGAAGCAAAAUGCAAUCGAAUGCCAAUUCUGUACAAUAUGGCGAAAAAUUCCCGCGAACUACAAACAUUUCUGAAAAGACCGGAUGUUGUGGAUUUAUUUAAUAAGCUGACGCGGUUCUGCGGAAAAACCAUCGAUAUCGAGAAUUUGUGGACAGUUCAUGACACGUUGUUUAUUGAGCAAAUUUACAAGAACGCGACGUUGCGGGAAAACAAUACAUGGUUUACAGACGAUCUCUACAACAAGAUUGUUGAUGUGGUCAAUGAGAUUGUAGGCUACGAAAACGGCGUGUUUGAUGAGACUGUAAUGAUAAAUAACCUCGAUAUUGGCCUGGAAAUGAGGAAGAUCCGAGGUGGUUCGUUGAUCAACGAUAUCAGUGGACGUAUGAAUACGAAACUCGACUGUAUGAACCUUGUUAGUACUAAGUGCAACUGGGUCAAGCCUCUGAAGUACUUUGUAUAUUCGGCGCAUGACACCACCGUCUAUGCACUUCUAUCAGCACUGGGUAUUGCGAAGAAAGUUAUUCGUUCUGGCGGCUAUCCACCGUAUACGUCAGCUGUGUUUAUCGAGUUAUGGAUGAAUCAAACCGACAACCAGCCGUAUUUCAAAGUAAAAUUAUGA